AUGGUCGAUUUAUAUCAAUCGAUAUCAACCCUGGAGCGCCAACACAAACGCUCCCAACUCAACGCAGUUUACGGAGAAUUAAUGGAACACAGAAGAAAACUCAAAGACCUUAUUUUGAAAAGACAUCUCCAAUCCGUACAAUGCACGAAAGGCUUUUACUACAUACACGCCAAUAAAGGAG